AGUGCUCAUUUCUGCAAUGAAACAUAAUGAACAAUAAAAAAAGAGUGAGUAUAGUCUCGAGAUUUCCCACUUCCCUUUUUUUCCCCCGGAAGUGAAGCCAGUGUAAACCGUCACAAAGAUCAGUGCAUCAACGCCACAUUUCUGGGCCAAUGAAGAUGUUCUGCGCGUUGCUGCCUCUGCUGGUGUGUCUGAGUCCUGCAGCUCUGCUGUCUGACGUCACUGCCGCGCGGGAGGACCACAAACAUGGCCGACCAUACGAAGAGCUGAGCAACAAGACGCCGUGUUCAUGGAAGUGUUUAAUUUUCGCGCUGCAGUGGCCUGGUGGCUUCUGUCAGUCUCUAGACACCAUCUCUCACUGCAAGAUUCCCUCAAGUGUCAACACCUGGUUGAUUCACGGCCUGUGGCCCAUGAAGACGUUAAACUGCUGCAACUGCUGGCCCUUCUUCAUGUCCGACAUCCAGGACGUGGAGAAUCUGCUGGAAGAAUAUUGGCCGAGUUUAGUCAAAAACAAAUCCAACUUUCAUUUCUGGAGAGACGAAUGGGAGAAACAUGGAGUGUGUGCGGCGUGCGUGGAGGGAUUGAAUUCUCCGCUCAGAUACUUCCAGACCAGCCUGAAACUGGGGCAACACUUUGACCUGCAAAAAGCACUGGACGAUGGUGGGAUCAAACCAUCCUGUGACCGACCAUAUAAGGUAUCUGAGGUGUUGAAUGUCCUGGUUCCCCUAAUUGGCGAAAAAUGUGAGAUCCAGUGUGUCAAAGACGAGAAGGAUCGAGAGGUGUGGUUUCAGCUGAAGAUCUAUCUGUCCCGCAACAUGACACUGGGCUGUGAUCGGCAUGACGACAACACGGGGGUCCUGCCCAUGCCCAAAGGACACCCCUGCCCGGAUGACGGGUCCUUCUACUUCUUCCCUAUCGACCACCAGCGGCCGCUGCAACCCUGCGGAUGACAGCAGAACGCCAGGAGCCGCUCGCACAUCGCAAGCAUGGUCAAUACUUACACUAGCCUGAUGCCCACCGGGUCACGUGACACACCAGUCACCUGACUUUUUGGUUCCUGUAGCAAGCUGAUUAAAAAGAUGACAAUA